GUCAUCUACGCAAACUAGGUGGCGACACGUGUAAUCCAUUAAAAAAAAACCCUCUCUCUCUCUAAGGUCUAUGACCCUUGUUUCUCUAGCUGCCAUUGAUCAAUCAAACCCUAGCUCACAGACUUUGCUAUAAUUGGAUCCUCCUUAAAGCUCCGUGUCUCGUCCUCCUUCGCUCUUUGAUUCUUUCCUUGUGGGUUUAUUGCAAGAAGAAGAAGCGAUGGAUUUGUGAAUUUUAGUUAUUAUCGCGUCGGUUUGUUGUAUUUCUAUAUUAGCAAAGUUCGUAGCUUUCUCGAAAUCCUUUUUAAGAUGUCAUCAGCUGAUGUUACGCUAAGCCCGGUUCGUAACGAGCCAUCGAUGAUGCCUCUCGUCCAUGCCAAUUCCUGUACUGAUUCCCUCCCUGACGAGACCAUUUUGAUCUACCUGACACUCCCCGGAACUCUGAUACCAAUGCGAGUGCUCGAAUCCGAUUCCAUCGAGUCCGUUAAGCUCCGGAUCCAGUCGUAUCGCGGGUUUGUAGUGAGGAACCAGAAGCUCGUUUUCGGUGGACGAGAGCUCGCGAGGAGCAACUCCAACAUGCGUGACUACGGCGUGAGUGAUGGCAACGUUCUUCAUUUGGUUGUCAAGGUCUCUGAUCUCCAGGUUCUUGAUGUCAAGACCACUUGUGGGAAGCACUGUAGGUUUCACGUUGAGAGAGGGAGGAACAUUGGGUAUGUGAAGAAGCAGAUUUCGAAGCAGAAAGGUGGGGACUUUGUUGAUUCCGAGGUGCUUUACGAAGGUGAGAAGCUCGAGGACCAGAGUCUUGUUAACGACAUUUGUAGGAACAGUGACGCUGUUUUGCAUUUGCUUGUGAGGAGAUCCGCUAAAGUUAGGGCUAAGCCUGUGGAGAAGAACUUUGAGCUGUCUAUUGUUGCUCCUCCGCAAGUUGAUGUCAAGAGAGCUAUUGAAGCUGCUGAUGGUAUUGUGCAGCCAAGGAAGCAGCUUUUGAAUGACUUCUCUUUGGAGCCGGUUAUAGUUAACCCCAAGGCGAAGUUGCCUGAAGUGGUUAAAGAUAUGAUUAGCUCUGCUUCCGAUGGACUAAGAAGUGGGAAUCCUCCGGUGAGGUCAAGAGAGGGAACAGGUGGAGCUUAUUUCAUGCAGGGCUCAUCCGGGAACAAAUAUGUUGGUGUGUUUAAGCCUAUCGAUGAGGAGCCAACAGCUGAGAACAAUCCACACGGACUGCCACUUUCGCCAAACGGUGAAGGUUUGAAGAAAGGAACAAAGGUUGGAGAAGGUGCGUUGAGGGAAGUUGCUGCUUACAUAUUGGAUCAUCCCAAGAGUGGACGCCGAUCUAUGUGUGGUGAAGAGAGAGGCUUUGCUGGUGUGCCUCCCACGACUAUGAUUGAAUGUCUGCAUCCCGGUUUUAACCAUCCCAAUGGAAUCAAAACCAAGAUUGGAUCACUUCAGAUGUUUACCGAGAACGAUGGCAGCUGCGAGGAUAUGGGUCCAGCUUCAUUUCCAGUAGAGGAAGUUCACAAGAUAUCUGUUCUGGAUAUUAGACUGGCUAAUGCAGAUAGGCAUGGUGGAAACAUUUUAAUGAGAAAAGACGAGAACGGAAAGAUUGUUCUGAUUCCAAUUGAUCAUGGAUACAGCUUGCCUGAAAGCUUUGAGGAUUGCACGUUCGAGUGGCUUUACUGGUCACAAGCUCGGAAACCAUACUCUUCCGAGACACUGGACUACAUAAGAUCACUGGACGCGGAGGAAGAUAUCAGCCUCCUCAAGUUCCAUGGCUGGAAAAUGCCAUCGGAAACGGCUCGAACACUCAGAAUCUCAACGAUGCUACUGAAGAAAGGAGCAGAAAGAGGGUUGACAGCAUUUGAGAUUGGGAACAUGAUGUGUAGAGACACUCUGACCAAGAAAUCUCUAGUGGAGGAGAUGGUAGAGGAAGCUCAAGAAGCGGUGCUUCCCGAGACGAGCGAGGCUACAUUCAUGGAAGCCUUGUCUGAUGUGAUGGACUACCAUCUUGAUGAGGUGGUUCAUGUGUGAAUCGUUCUCUUAACUUGAAACUAUGGUACAUAUACUCUUGGUUUGCCUCUAUAUGAAUCUGGUGGCUUUUGUUAAUUUGUGUCAUUCUUUGGACAUGUGCAAGUUGUUUUUGUUGAUUUCACUGUGACAUAUUUCCUGUUAAAAGACAAUAAUUUCAGUGUUUACAGUA